GUUAGCGUUUUUAUCAUGUUAAAAGCUAUCUGUUUUUCUAAAAUUUCAUAUUAUAUAAUAUUUUCUCAUACUUCAUGUUUAAUUUUACAUGUUAAGCAGGAGUUAGUUUAAUAAAUAAUCCACAUUGUAAAUUAUAAAACUUUAACUACCAAUAGCAAUAUAAAUCACAUUUUAUUGAAUUUAAAUCAUUUUCAAAAUUUCGUUUAAAUAAACAUUAUCAAGUACCAUCAUGUAAAAAACAAAAAAAGAAAAACGGAUUUGAAUUCUAAAACUGGGAUGUUAAAUAAUCAAAACAAAAUUUGGUAUUUAUGUAAAAAUCAUUCUCAAAUUUUGUAGCUUUAAACAAAAUGAAGAAAUAUUUAUAUUCACACAAAUAUACACUUUGUUCAUUAUUAUGCAGUGUUUGACAGAUAUGUUAGUUUUUUGUACAUUUCGAAAGUGUAUAUUGAUAUUUGAAGAAAUUUAAGUUUUUAUUUAUUUUGUCUUUUGAAAUGUAAAGUAAAUAUGCUGUAAAUUUUGUAUUAAUCACAUAUAAAAGUUAUUAAAAUUUUUAUCAACAUAUUGUAUCUUUAAGCAAAAUAAUUUGUGCAUUUUAUAAUCGCCUUUAUACAAUUAAAAGAGCGAAAAAUGUAAUAUUUUAUUUUAUGUUUGUAGCUUUAAAUAGUGCAAUAUAUAUAUAUUGUGUAUAUAAACCCUCACGAUAUAUAUAUUCCCGAUACGAUACAUAUAUAUAUAUCCUACAUAUAUAUAUAUAUAUAUAUAUAUAUAUACAUACACUUAAUAAGCACAUAUAUUGACAUUUUAUAAUCACACUAACGCAUCGUAGUAAAUAUAAUUACGAUUUUAAAAAUUAUUCUCUAUUAAAUUUCUAUGUUGUUGAUAUCCUGUGGUUGAAAAUGUAUAUGAUUCUUAAUGGCGUUUGCAUUGAUUUACAUAAAUUAUUUUAACAAUAUUAAAAGAUAAUACAUGAAAUUGUAGGCUUAUUAACAUUUAUAUGUAUUAUUCUAUAUAAUGUAUAUAAUAUUUUAUGCUUAGGAUAUGUUAAUAUUAGUAUAUAUAUAGUGAAAGAAAACACGAUCAACACAAACCGUUAGUUUGUAUUCGAUUUAUCAAGUCCGAUUUACUCUAUCAAUUUAAAUGUUCAUAAUUUAACUAUUAUAUGUAUCUAAUUUUUAAAUAUACAUACCUCGUUCUGUAGUAGAAAUAAUAUUUGAUAAUGUCAUAUCAAUUCAUAACAGAAGAUCGUACAGAAACCAAUGGCCAAAAAGACCAGUCGAAAUCAAUUAUAAAUGUUAAGUGGUCAACUUUGUCAGAACGUACAAUACCGAAAAUUCAAGUAACUUUACAGAAAAUCCAAUCGGACAUUCAAAUCGAAUCAAAUGUAGAUUAUGACGAUUUGUGCGGACCGUGGGUUUAUUCAAAAAAUCCUCUUCAUAGUAAAUAUGUUGAUUCACCGCAGCCAAGUUCAUGCAUUUGGAAAUAUUUUACAGAAGAGGAUAUAAUUUAUCUUAAAAAGCAUCAAGAAAACAAGAAUCUGAUACGUUCUUUUUUUGAAAAUAAAUUGUUAAAUGAGACUACAGGGAAAAGUAAUACUGUUUUUAUAAAUGUAUUAUGGGAAUUCUUCAAGCUUACUAGGUAUUUGAGUAUAUUGAAUUUAUAAAAAAUGUUUUCUCUUUAAAAUUUGUAAUUGGUAUGUAAUACAAAUUUAAAAAGUUAAUCUUAAUCCAUAUCUAAAUGAAUAUUUAUGGAAUUGUAUUUUAGGCUAAAAUUAUUCACUGAAAAAGGUAUUUCUGCAUGUUUGGGGAUCGUGUAUUUAACACAUUUAUUUUUUCUUUCUUAUCCGUGGUGGACAGCUCAAGAAGUCCACCAGUUUUUUUAUAAAAGCAUUUUACUACAUGUUGUUUUGGUUUGUAUAUUUCUCUAUCAGAUUAUAUAUAGCAUAUAAUGAUGGAUCUUUAGAGAUAAGCAAAAGUUUGUAAAAGUCUGUAAUAUGUAAUUUUUAGUAUCCUCCAAACAGUCUGGAAGUAUUUACUAUAAACGAAUGCAAGUUCUUACUUAAAUUAUUUCACAAAGCAUACAUAAAAAAUCUUGUUUUGUUGCAUAUUCUGUGUCAUACAAAGUAUCAUUUUACUCUAAAAUUACGUACUCCAGAAAAUUCAAUUAUGAAACAUUAAUAAAGAAAGUACACAUUGACAA